AUGGCUUGGCCAGGAAAGCAGCUUGAAUCACCUUUGACCAUCAUAGACCCAGAGGCAAAGGAGACCUUCUCCAAACCUGCACCGCUGGAGACCACCCUAGGAGAGAAAUGGCAUGCUUUUUAUGAUCUUCGCGGAGUGAAAUACUACUACAACUUUGAGACGCAGGAGUCCAUGAGACGGCCACAAGAUGACCUGGUGAUUCAAGAGGAGCCGGAGGACACCGCCUUCGCCGCCCAGCGGAAAGAGAUUUUGAUGAAGAUGGCUUUGUCCAAGGAGCCGCGGCUCAUGCCACAGUGGGAAGAGGGCAAAGAACGAGAACGAAGCAAAGGCGCCAUCCGGUCCAAGGGCGUCGGUCAUGAGAUGUCAUCAGAGGAUGCCGUGUGCUCUGUGAUCCGUGGUGACCGUCGCGCCAGUUUCACCGAAUCCACAUCUAAGAUGUGGCCGAAUGCGCAAGGUCGCUCGUCACAUGUCCUCGUGUUGUACCGCGAUCUCCAACUGCGACGGCUUCGUACCACACCCGAUCGUUUACUCAAGGUCCACUUUCCAGUGCCCGGCGAGUUGGAUGACCUGGAGACAUUGCAGGAUGCACUUCAACAGCCUUCCGAUGGAUUGAAUCCCGAGCUGCAUGUGUUGCUGCUGAGUGAAACUGCUGAGCCCAUGGAGAAUCUUAUGGGCUGCGCAUCCUAUGAGUACUACCCGCGAGGUAAUCACUGCCUCAUUAGCUACAUUUGCGUGGCGGAGCCUUUCCGCCGUCGCGGUGUCUCCAAGCUCUUGAUGUCCACUUUGCAGAAGCAAAUGGAAGAGCGAGCAGCAAAACCACUGGCUGCGAUUUUUGCGGAGACACAUGCUUCCGAUGUGGAGGAUGGAAUUAUGGAUCCUCAUGAAAGACAAGAAGUCUUGGCAUCCCUGGGUUUUAGAUGUUUAGAUUUUGAUUAUGUGCAGCCUCCACUGAGCGAUCAACAUAAGCCUUGUGGAGGUUUGAAGCUGCUGGUGAAAGAUCAAGACGCUUUGCCUCGGGAAGCAAUUGUCAGCUAUUUGGAUGACUUUUCCGGAAGUGUACUCGGAGUCCUGGAAAGAAGAUCCUUGGUAUCAGAAGCAGAUUUCCUCCUUGCCACCGCUGAUUUCGGCACGAAACCAGCGGCCCUGGUUUGCUGCCUGGGCUGCCUGUCCUUGGUGCCGGGCUUCCUUCGCAGAGUGGUGAACAACGUCGCAUUUUUCCCACCGCGACCCCCUGGCUACCACGUCACGGAGGACAGACAGGUGUUCCUGGUGGAAUUGGACUAUGGCCUCGCACCGUUGCCCGACUUGGCUUCUGAGGGCAUUGUGGUGGACACGGUGCGCAUGUGGACGCGGAGAGGUAAUGUGAUCCUCGGUUUUCAUUUCAAGCGCGCUGACUCCAACCGGACGCUUUUGUUCAGCCACGGAAACAGCACCGAUAUCGGCAUCAUGUUCCAUCAUCUUAGGGAACUUUGCUCAAUGCUGCAUUGUGACGUGUUUGCAUACGAAUACAGCGGCUAUGGUGAGAGCACCGGUGUUCCCACUGAGGCGGACAUUUAUGCCGACAUCGAAGCAGCGUAUCACUAUCUGUCGAACGAUUGCAGCUUAGCAGAUGACCAGAUUGUUUGCUAUGGCCAAUCCAUUGGCAGCGUACCAUCAGUCGAGCUUGCCUCGCGGGUAUCUGUGGGUGGUCUUAUUUUGCAUAGUGCCAUGAAGAGUGGCCUUAGUGUGAUCCACAAUGUCAAGACCACCUACUGGUUUGAUGUCUUUCAGAACGCCACACGGAUCAAAAAGGUCACGUCACCGGUGUUCAUUAUCCACGGCACCCAUGAUGCUGAGAUUCCAUUUGAGCAUGGAACUGCGCUGUGGGAUGCUUGUCCUGAAGAUAUCGCCUACGAUCCUUGGUGGGUCCAAGAAGCAGGGCACAACGACAUUGAGAUGACCCACAGGCAAGAGUAUUUCGAGAAACUACAAGCGUUUCUGAAAGCUUUAGAUCGGCCAGAGAGGCUCAAACGAAGCGCUUUGUGUCUCACAGCCUUUGGUCUUGCCCCCGUAGAGUAUCUAAAUCUCAUAGUUUCAUCCUUACACUGA